AUGGCAGACACAGAAAUGGACGUCGAUCAGCCUCUCUCCCCAGAGCAAAAACAAGACACCAAGAAUUCUGCAAUGACAACCCGCUCCGAUGCGACAGCCGUCCGCUCCAUCGAAGGCUGGAUCAUCCUCAUCACUAACGUUCACGAAGAGUCUAGCGAGGAAGACUUGAACGAACUGUUCGCAGACUUUGGAGAGAUCAAGAACCUCCACCUGAACUUGGAUCGCAGAACAGGUUACGUGAAGGGGUAUGCGCUGAUCGAGUACGCAACCUUGGAUGAGGCACGCAAGGCGAUUGAUGCUUUGCACAAUACCAAACUGUUGGAUCAGACAAUCGAGGUUGAUUUCGCGUUCGUUCGUCCGCCCCCAGGCAAGAACUCCAGACGACCUGCGAAGGGAGGAAGAGCGAGAAGUCGGAGUCGCAGCCCAGCUCAUCGGGAGGACCUGGAUGACUGA